AUCCCAAUUUCAGGAACCAGCGGAGCACAAUGAACUCUAACAUAACAGACAGCGCUGUACCUGCUUAAAGGAGCCGCGAUCGGCGGAGAGCCUUGAACCAGCUGAGCGCACAGGUGAAAUCUGCAAAUAUUUUACAAGAGAAAGAACUGAAAGUCUUCGUCUGCGGUAGAAAAGGGAAUACUUUGGAAGUACAUAAAAAGUGAACGUUAAUGACGGAAAACCAAAGAGGCACAAACUGGAUUAAGAUCACUUUGAUGAAACAACCAGUAUGUUAAAUUUGAGAAACAAAAAAUCCAAACAUGUGGUUUUGAUCUGGAAGUCCGUGCACUUUUUAAAGCGGACCGUCGGAGUAUGACUGCCUUAUUUCUGAUUAAUAAGUGAGAAGUAACGUUUUAUGUUUUCCCGCUGGACUAUUUGCUUUUUAUAAAGAUUCUUCUGACCAUGUCCAAAGAAAUACAGAAGAAAAGCCAUUGGACCUCCAGGCUUAGGGAGUGCCUGGUAUCCAGGGACGUUCACGGGAAGUAUAACGUGGAACUGAGCGGCGGAGCUGAGAUCGGCGAGUUUCCAUACAUUGGGGAAGUUGAUGAAGACAAUGUGCUUUACCAGCAUGGUCGGCUGGCUGAGGGAGAUUUAAUACUGGAAGUUGAGGGACUCCUGGUGCCUGGAUUGCCCCUAUAUGACGUAUUGGCAAUGAUGAAAAAUUGCAAGCACCAUGUGGAGUUCAGAACUGUCAGACAAGGAAACAAGUUAAAUAAGGAUCUGAAACACUAUCUGAGCCUGAGCUUUCAUAAAAUGUCCCCAGACCACGCUCUUCAGCAGACCAUCAGAGACAACCUGUAUCGCCAUGCUGUGCCUUGUACAACCCGCCGCCCUCGAGAAGGGGAAGUCCCAGGAGUAGAUUACAACUUCCUGUCUGUGGAGGACUUCUUAAACCUUGAAAAAAGUGGCACUCUUUUGGAAGUAGGAACAUACGAAGGCAACUAUUAUGGAACACCCAAGCCGCCAAGCCAACCCCUCCGUGGGACAGUGAUUACCAGUGAUGCUUUGCAAGACGGCUCGCAGCAGUGCACCCCUAAGCGCACAGAGUCCUACAAUGACAUGCAAAAUGUUCAAAUAGUGGCUACAGAGCAGGAGAAUGAAGACGAGCUUCCUGAAAUGAACAGUAGCUUUACAGUAGACUCCACUGAACUGGACGAGCGGUCAACACUAAGACCGCAGCCCUCACAAGAGAAGGUUCCCUCCUACAGCCUCAGCAACGCCUUGGUGUCAACCACGGACAGCUCCCAGCAGACACACGCAAACCUCCAGCCUCCCGAAGAGGACCUCCUUGGUCCUCUGCCUGAAAACUGGGAGAUGGCCUAUACAGAGAAUGGAGAAGUCUACUUCAUAGACCAUAACACAAAGACGACAUCCUGGAUCGACCCCAGGUGCGUGGACAAGCUCCAGAAGCCGCUGGAAGAAUGUGAAGAUGACGAAGGGGUACACACUGAAGAGCCGGAUAAUGAGUUGGAACUUCCUGCUGGAUGGGAGAAAAUUGAUGAUCCGGUUUAUGGAGUAUACUAUGUGGACCACAUUAAUAGGAAGACGCAGUAUGAGAAUCCUGUCGCGGAGGCCAAGCGACAGAAGCAGCUCCAGCAGCAGCAGUCUGCGGAAGAAUGGAUGGAGGAGCACUCAGCAGCUGGGGUACCCCUUGCCAGCUAUGCCAACAACCACCUGGAAACGUAUCGGGACCCUCAGACUGGCCCUGCAGUGCCACUCCCGCAGGGGCCCAAACGAGGAAAGCCGUUCUUCACCCGGAACCCUUCUGAGCUUAAAGGGACAUUUAUUCACACCAAACUGAAGAAGAGUCGCCGGGGAUUUGGGUUCACCGUGGUCGGGGGAGACGAGCCCGAUGAGUUCCUGCAGAUUAAGAGUCUGGUUCUGGAUGGCCCAGCAGCUCUGGAUGGGAAGAUGGAGACAGGGGAUGUGAUUGUGAGCGUGAAUGACACCUGCGUCUUGGGGUACACGCAUGCCCAAGUGGUGAAGAUCUUCCAGUCCAUUCCCAUCAGCUCCAUGGUGGACCUUGAAUUGUGCCGCGGCUACCCUUUGCCCUUCGACCCCGAUGACCCCAACACCAGCCUGGUCACCUCUGUGGCGAUCCUGGACAAAGAGCCCAUCAUUGUCAAUGGGCAGGAGAGCUACGACCCACCAUCUAACCACGGUGGACAAGCUGCCAACAGCGUAGGUGGAGCAAAGGAGCACCGGCCUUAUAGCCCAUCAGCGGAGGUGGCCUCUGACGGCUCCUCCCCCUACCCCAAUGACGUGGUGACGCUCGCCUCCUCCAUCGCCACGCAGCCCGAACUCAUCACCGUGCACAUGGAGAAGGGCGACAAGGGCUUCGGCUUCACCAUUGCCGACAGCCCAUCUGGGGGCGGCCAGAGGGUCAAGCAGAUCGUCGACUACCCCCGCUGCCGGGGCCUGAAGGAGGGGGACAUUUUGGUGGAAGUGAACAAGAGGAAUGUCCAGAGCAUGACUCACAACCAAGUGGUGGACCUGCUGAGCAAGUGUCCCAGAGGAAGUGAGGUCACCAUGCUGGUGCAGAGAGGAGCCGUGCCUGUGAAGAGGAGCCCAAAGCUGCAGCGACUGGAGAGGAAGGACAGCCAGGGCAGCUCCCAGCACAGCGUAUGCAGCAAUCGCAGCGCCCACACCGAUUCCCCUGGACGCCCCGCUGCCGUGCCGAGCGAGGCCGCUCCCGCCGGAGCCACCGCACCUGCCGCCGGCCCUCCGCCCCUCCCUCCACCCCCCACCCAGCCGCUGCCAGGACUGCCCCCACAGGACCCCGGAGACACCACUGUCCAGAAGAAACCGGACCCCUUCAAGAUCUGGGCACAGUCCAGGAGCAUGUAUGAAAGCAGGCUGCCCGAUUUCCAGGAACAGGAUAUUUUCCUGUGGCGGAAGGAUACGGGAUUCGGGUUCCGGAUUCUGGGAGGCAAUGAACCCGGGGAACCGAUAUACAUCGGCCACAUCGUGAAGUAUGGGGCUGCAGACGAGGACGGCCGGCUGCGAUCGGGUGACGAGCUGAUCUGUGUGGACGGCACGGCCGUGGUGGGCAAGUCCCACCAGUUGGUGGUGCAGCUGAUGCAGCAGGCGGCCAAGCAGGGCCACGUCAACCUGACUGUCAGGCGCAAGAUUGGAUACGGAGUGGCGAAAGGCGAAGCUGACGUGCCCCCAUCACCAGCCUCCUCCCAUCACAGCAGCACGCAGGCGCCCUCGCUGACGGAGGAUAAGCGCACGUCACAGGGCAGCCAGAACUCCCUGAACACCGUCAGCUCGGGCAGCGGCAGCACCAGCGGCAUCGGCAGCGGCGGGGGGGGCGGGGGGGGCGGAGGCAGCGCCGUGGUGCCCGCCGCCGUACAGCCCUACGACGUGGAGAUCCGGCGCGGCGAGAACGAGGGCUUCGGCUUCGUCAUCGUGUCCUCGGUGUCACGGCCCGACGCGGGGGCCACCUUUGUUGCCAAUGCGUGCGUGGCGAUGCCCCACAAAAUAGGUCGCAUCAUCGAGGGCAGCCCGGCGGACCGCUGCGGGAAGCUUAAGGUGGGCGACCGCAUCCUGGCCGUUAAUGGCUGCUCCAUCACCAACAAGUCCCACUCGGACAUUGUCAACCUGAUCAAAGAGGCUGGAAACACUGUCGCUCUGCGGAUAAUUCCUGGGGAUGAGUCCUCCAAUGCAUCCCUUCUGACCAAUGCUGAGAAGAUCGCAACCAUCACCACCACACACACACCUCAGCAGCAGCAGUCUGCCUCGGAGCCUCGGAGUAGUACAAAAGGACCGCCACAGGUCCCACCACCUCCAGCUCCAACGCAAGCCCCACCCCCCCAGGAAGCGGAAUUCUACUCCGUUGACCUUGAACGAGACAGCAAGGGUUUCGGCUUCAGCCUGCGUGGAGGCCGCGAGUAUAACAUGGAGCUGUAUGUCCUGAGGCUGGCUGAAGAUGGCGCCGCUGUCCGCAAUGGCAAGAUGAGGGUUGGUGACGAGAUCCUGGAGAUAAAUGGGGAGAGCACGAAAAAUAUGAAGCACGCACGUGCCAUCGAGCUCAUCAAAAACGGGGGCCGCCGGGCCCGCCUGGUCCUCAAAAGAGGGGACGGCUCCGUGCCUGAAUACGACGGCAGCAAUGACAGGAACACUCCCGCCACCAGUACACAAAAUAUUUCGGAAGUGAAAACCUUUCCACCAAAUCGCCGAUUACACGCAUCAUCGGAGUCCAGCUAUCCACCAGAUCUUCACAAAUCAUCACCGAAUGAGGAAGGGCGGAUGAGGAGGAGGGCUGGGGCAGAGUGGAGGGACCGCCGCCUGCAAGCCAGCCACCAUCACCACACCGGGAACAACCAUGGAAACAAUGGCAGUCCACCCAACUCUGGACACGGCUCACCCGACAGCAGGAAGACUCAGCAGCAGCACGUUCGCAAGUCGGAGGAGAACGGCAUCUCCAAGUUUUUCCGGACGCUGAGGAAUGAUGAGAGGUCUGGGAAGAAGAAGUUGGCAGCAGAGACGGAGUGGGACUCCGACUCUCACCGCAGCGGCACCCUGAAUGGAAGGCGAGAGAGGGGGGGCCGCAGGGGUUCCUUGGACCGAUCGCCAAGCCGGGGGCGGGAGUCUUCGCCCAGCCGCCGCAGGGCCAAGUCCAUGGACAGGAGAACUGAGAAAGCACACAGGGAGAGGGCCUACUGGGAUGGGGGCUUCGGCGACGAGAAUCCACUCAAGGACCCUCCUGUCAACCAGCGCUUCUUCCAAGAAGACGGUCAACCAGCCACCCAAGACGAUGGCCUCGAGGGUCUUGGUGGGACGAGGCUGCCGAUUCCAAGGGGCAGAGCCACCGACAGGGCCUUCAAAAAUAACAGCAAUGCACUGAGGGACUGGUUACCCAAAGGGAGGGACAGGGAUGAAAAAUCUGUGAGGGAACGGUCGCCCAAGAGACACCAUGUAGCGGAGAACCUGCUGCAGAACCCGGGGCUGAGUACCAGCUACAGCAGUGAGGAAGUGGCCACACCCCGGCUCAAGGAAUACUACAACACCCUGAGGACAGAAUCGGGCCAGAGCUGCAAACAGCUGCCAGUGCCCAAGAGGAGGCCAUACAAAGAGAGCCACAAGGACCUUAGCAUCUGAUCAGAUAGCUUCAGAUACCUGAUCAGAUAACCCUCAAAUUAUAUUUAAUGCAAGGCUCAGUCCUGUCAACAAUAUGAAGCCAGGACUCUGGAAGGUGUUAAAUUAUUGAUCAACCCCUUUUUUUGUUUCCAGCAGAUGUGAAUGGCAAAAGUACAAUCUUUAGUUUGUUAAUUAAAAAAAAUUGCAUAUUUUAAUAUGUUUUCCAGAAUACUCCAUAACAAAAAUAUUAUUACGUGCCUAACAGUACCAUAAUUUGUGGUUUUAUUUAAGGAAAAAAAAAAUCAAGCAAACUGUUUUUGUAAUAUUCUGUCCCUGGCAGUUUAUAGAUGCACCUAAUGGCCUCUUGAAACUGGUGCUUUUAUUAUGCUUUACAUGUCUUAAGGUUUUAAUGCCGUUUUUUUCCUUCGGUGCCACCAUUUCACCAAAAUGUGUUUUUUUUUAACAUUUACAAUAUAUAAAUAUUUAGACUAUAAGAAAAAGAAGAAAUGAGGAAGAAAAAUAAUAAAACUAUGAUAAUUGUGUCAAGGAAUGAUAAUUGCUUGCAAAAUAAUAUAUUUAAUUUCUUCUUUCAAACAUUAAGCAUAUAUAUAUUUAUGUAAUUAAAAAGGCAGAGAAUUUGCCAAUUCCAGUGUUGAGGGCAGAAAUGCAAUCAAAUGAACAAAGACUAUUGUGAUCUGCUAAAUUGGUCUGCUGAUGCUUUUUUUUUUGCGUGAAAGGUAUUGUGGCCUUGCCAAACCACUUCUCUGUGACAAAACAAAAGGGAAAUUUGAUUGGUACUUGGGAGAGUGGUGGAUACAGGCAUUGUUGUUCUUUGGAACCCGUAUUAUUUUCACUCAUGAGUGAGGUGAGGAGGCAUCGUUAAGGAUGGAGGGGACUUGCCUGCUUCCACAAAGUUGCCUGCUGAUGAAUCCUUUUUGUCCACUUGGCCCAUAGGCCUUGUUGAGCUCAGUAUGAGUUUCUAACCAAUAGUGUCUGUUUUUGGUUACGUCAUUAGGAUAAAUAGUUAAGAAGUAAAUGAUCAGGAAAUCCACAUCCUGUAUUACAUCAUGGCAGUGAAGAGGCGGCUGACGGAGUCAAUAGCCAAACCACAUAUUUUUGUGUGUGUGUUUAGAAUAUAGAAGAACAAAAACAGUCCACUGCAACUAUUCCAGACAGACACCUUUGGGCACAACUUUUUGUGGUUUCCCUGUUCGGAGACCCACAUACAGUACUGCUUACAAGACUACUAGGUCUGUAAAGUGUAGUGAAGGUCUGCUUCGGUGGCCAAUGGGACAGAGGUCUUGAGUUCCAACCUGCCAAGCUGAGCCAUUCUCUCAGUUACUGUCAGACUGCUGAAGUACGAAUGCUGUUGUACAGUGUGUUGUAUAUGUACUGUAUGUCGAUUGUUUCACAAAAGAAAAAAAAAUGUUUUAUCACUGUUGUCGCCAUGCUACUGUAACAGUUCAGCGACCAAUCGUCACCUGUACAGAGCUACGUAUCAAGCCAGUUGAAGAAGAAAAUGUUGCCUUUUUUUUCUUGUAUAAUAGAUAAUUAUUGAAAAACCUCAUCCUUGAGGAAUGUGAUACGCGUUUCUAUUUCUGAAAUGGAACAGGUGAUUCAUGGGAAAUAUGCUAAUGUACUCUGAAUCAGGUUUAUAAAGACGUUUUAAAAUGAACUGUAAUAAUCGAUCGCAUACUGUUUGCUGGUUGGAACAUUUCUCCUGAUUAUAGCCUGCCUUUGUAUUAUAAAGCACUUGUAUGCAGUCUGUGUUCUUAAAAAUUACUUCUUGCAGCGUGUGCUCCAGACUUAAUGCUAUUUCUGUGUUCAUAUAAAAAACACUACAUGUAUAUGGGCCAAUCUUUUUGAUAUAAAAACACUAUGCAUAUAUAAAUACCACAUUGUUCAUAGCUUUACUUGACCCAUGGGGUUAUACAUAACGUUAGUCUGAGUACUAGUAGAUGUGGAUUUACCUGAGUAAAGCUUCUUUCCCCGAGAUGGAUCACGAUAUAUAUGUAGCUAUCGAAAAGUCUGUGAAUGCUAUUUUUAUUAUUAAAUAAAGUUUUCCAUACAAAUUCAA